AUGAGUCUGUCACCAGCAUCAAAGGACAAUGGACUCUACCCAGGCCAUUUAACGGCCACGACUUCGGCGCGGCAACCUCCACGCCCGGUUCUGCGCAGCUGCGAGUUGUGUCGGCGCCGAAAAGUGAGAUGUGAUCGACAGAAGCCGUGCUCGAGCUGUAGUGAAGCGAGACAUGUUUGUGUCUAUCCUUCUGGUCGCGGCCGGGCCCCCAAGCGGUCCAGGCAGGCUAUGGACACCCAACUGGGGGAGCGAUUGUCCCGCCUUGAGUCAAUCAUCAAGAGUCUAGGGAGUCAUGUAGAUACAGCUGGAUCUACUAUGGCCCCCAACUCAGACUCCUCAGCUACAGACGCUGCUCAGAGUGAGGGGAGUCGAUCUGAGGAGAAGUUAACCUCCAGCAGCCCGAGCCGGAACCCUCCAGUUGACAAGCAACUGGGUCGUUUGAUGAUUGAUAAAACGGGGAGUUACUACCUUAGCAAUGUGCUAUGGGCUAGUCUGGCGAACGAGAUUGAUGAACUUCGUGAUCUGUUGCUUUCACCUGCGGCCGAAGAGGACUGUGAGGACAUGUUGCAAUUCGAGGAAAUUUCCGAUACAUCUCCAUCAGUUGGAUCAAGCGCUGCAAUGCUCGGCUUUCGAUCAAUUGCAGCCUCGUUAUUGUCCUUCCACCCGUCAUUGUCGCAGGCAGUGACCUUGUACUCACUCUUUACCGAGAAUGUGGUACCAAUGGUGCGCAUCUUCCACAUGCCUAGCAUGUCCCGUAUCUACUGGGAUGCAAUUGCUUCGCCGGCGAUAUUAGACAAAAAUAUGGAAGCUCUCUUAUUUGCUAUCUAUUACUCAGCUGUCAUCAGCAUCAGCGGCGAACAAUGUUUGGAUGUUUUUGGCGUAACACGUGAAGUUGCGCUAGAAAAGUAUCGAUUUGCUGUUGAGCAGGCCCUGGCUCGGGCUGACCUGCUAAAUACGCAAAGUAUGAUACUCCUGCAAGCGGCCGUGGUCUACUUGUCAGCGCUGCGGAAUGAGGAUGACUCGCGGACAACGUGGUCCCUGACGUCCCUUGUCUUUCAUAUCGCGCAAUCCAUGGGUCUCCAUCGUGAUGGGACUGCGUUUGGGCUGAACCCAUUUGAAGUUGAGCUACGCCGGCGGCUGUGGUGGCAUAUCUGUAUCCUCGAUACCCGCUCAUCCGAAUAUCACGGCUACGAGCCGAUUGUGCACGGAUUCGCCUUCGAUACACGGCUUCCGCUUCACGUUAACGACGCCGACCUCCUUCCAGACAUGAUUAGCGCUCCACCGGAAAGAGAUGAGGCAACGGACAUGACCCUAUUUCUCAUCCGAUGCGAGACUAUGAGUGUAGGGCUGAAAAUCGCCCGGGCGCCACCAAUUAUGUUGAGAACACCGGGACCAUCAUUCAAUCAUUGCCUUCCGCUUGCUGACCGAGAGCGGUUGGUGCAAGAGCUUGAACAGCGGCUGGAGGAAAAGUACUUGCGCCAUUGCAAACCAACCGUGCCAUAUCUUCUUCUCGCGUCGACAGUAGCGCGACUUGUCCUUGCGCGCUUCCGGCUGAUGCUGCAUUAUCCGCUGAGCGCGAAACGCACCGAGGCAGCCACGCACCCCGACCCCGGUUUGGACACGAGCAACCGCGAUUGGCUCUUCUUGACCUCGAUCGAAGUUCUGGAGCAAUCCAGUGUGCUUCUAACCCACCAAGAGAUGGGAAAGUGGAACUGGUACUCGAAAACGCACAUCCAAUGGCAGGCUGUGGCUUUUGUGCUUUUCGAGCUGUGUUCGCGCCCUCCAUCCCUGAUCUGCGACAGAGCAUGGGACUGUGUCACGACGGUGUACGGCGGCUGGAAGAUGAAGCGCAAUCAGGGGAAAGGGCCCCUUUGGCGACCCAUUCGGCGACUGAUGGCAAAGGCUUUGUAUGUAAGAGAGACACAGCAGGCAAGUCUCCGCUCGAGUCAAAAACAAGUCUUAGCGAAAGAAGCCAAGCCAAGCGUCAGGUCCUAG